UUCGAGUCGCCAUUUUUGAAUGGCGUGCCGAGCAUGCGCAAAAUGGUGUAGAAUCGAAUCUUUCUUUCUUUUGCGUGUUGCCGGCGUUUGGGAAAGAUGGGCAUCGACAUUAAGAAAAGGACCCGUACCGUGGCCCGCAAGGAGCCUCGCACCGAGGAUGUCUACAUCAAGCUCCUCGUGAAGCUGUACCGCUUCCUUGCAAGAAGGACCGACUCUUCCUUCAACAAGGUUGUGCUGAAGCGCCUAUUCAUGAGCCGCAUCAACAGGCCACCAAUGUCGAUCGCUCGUCUGGUCAAGAAGAUGAAGAACCCAGCCAACAAGGGCAAGACUGCCGUCAUCGUCGGUACCAUCACCAACGAUGUCCGCAUUCUGGAUAUUCCUGCCUUGAAGGUCUGUGCCCUGCGCCUCACUGAGGGCGCUCGUGCCAGAAUCCUGAAAAACGGUGGUGAGAUCAUGACCUUCGAUCAGCUCGCCCUCAAGGCACCCCGUGGCCAGAACACCGUCAUUCUGCAAGGACCCCGUGCUGCCCGUGAGGCUGUCCGUCAUUUCGGUCGUGCCCCAGGUGUACCCCACAGCAACUCCAAGCCUUACGUCCGCGCAAAGGGACGCAAGUUCGAGCGUGCCCGUGGUCGCCGCUCCAGCCGUGGAUACAAAGUGUAAUCCGCUAUUUCUUACCAGUCGCCAAAUUAAACCCGUCAAAAAACCA